CUCGAUCGGUUUCUCUGACGACUGACGAUUGUGUUUUAGUUUCUCUCGCGGUUCUCUUAAUGCCGCCGUCGACCUCGUCGCUCGCUCAACUUGCUCUCACUUUCUUGCUCCAGCGACGGUGAGGGCUAAUUGUCAUUCUGGUGGUAGAUGGAAGAAACUGAUUCAAAGAUGUGGCCUGAGUUAAUAGCUAAAGCUUUCAUAGAUGUUGUGACUAAAACUCCAAUGAGUGAAGCACUUGCAACAUGGGCUGAAGCAUCUAAGGCAAAAGCUGAAGCAUACAAGGCAAAAGCUGAGAGAUAUAAAGGUGAGAGAAGUAACGAGGAGGCCACUUCUUCUUCCUCCGAUUAUUCUCUUGCCAAGUGUGUGAUUGCUCUUGAUGAGAUUGGGUACGUUCAUGAAGAUCGUUAUAUGAAAGCCUUGGAAACCUUGAAGGACGACACUGAAUGGAGAGAAAUUUUUCUCAGCUUGACACCUUCCAGGAAACAACAAUGGCUAUAUCGUGUUAGUUGUGGAAAGUUGGCUCCUAAUAUAUUAGAUAAAAUUCUAUAUGCAUAAGUUUUUAUUUUGUUAUUAAACUUUAUGAUUAUGUCAUUAACCUUGUGAGUUUGUGCUGGUUAUCUGAUUUAUGAGCCUUUAUUAUGUUCUUGAACUCUAUGGUUAUAUCAUUAAACUCACGAGUUUGUGUUUUUAUUCUACUA